UCUUACCUUCUGGAUAUGGGUCUCCUUUUGGUUUUGGAUCUGUGUUAGGGUUUGUGAUGGGGAUCUGGUUCCCAUUCAAUCGACCCUCAAUCUUUUCACGUGUCCGGUUCUGAUAAUUUAAUCCAUUUGGGAGUUUACUACGACUCUUCAAGAAUCUGCAUUUGUUAAUGAGCUGAUUCAGAUUAUUUACUUCCUCCGGUGGUCCUUGAAUGCUUGCUUUACAUUCGUUGCCAAAUUGAUUUUGGGCUGAAUGCCCCCUUUUGGGAAAAAAGUUUGAAUAUUGAGUUGGACGGUCACAUUUGAUCAGGUUAAUUGAUGAUGGCCAGUAGUUUGGAGGAGAAAGAUGUUGGGUUGCUAAUGAAAAGUAUGCUGCUUCUGGAAAGGGUUGUUGAGCUGUGACUUUGUUGAGCCUGAGCUAGUGGAAUUGAUUUUUGCUUCUUCUGAUGGCCUCAAAAUCUUGUUCCAAAUCUUCCUCUCAACAACGGAAAUUAACAUCUGGUGCUCAAGCGGUCGGGGCAAAUGAACUCAAGCCUUUGCCACUGGAGGUUUCAAAGACGAGCAAACCAGAGCUGGUCUCCACUGAACAAAAAUCUGUACAAACCACACCAAAGCAGGUUACUGUAGAAGCUUCUGAGAUUAAAAAAUCACCCACUUCUGGUCAAAAGGGGUCUGCUGAUUCGUUACCCAUUAAAUUCGAUUCAAGUUCUUCCUCAGCUGGGGCUGAGCAAGCAUCAACAGAAGUAGAUCCUUCAGUAAAUGGCUCGAGGGGCUCACUGGAAGCUUCUGUUGAUCAAGAAAAGAAAACUUCAGAAUAUGGAAGUGUGAAGGAUAGUUCUGUUUCUGCCAAAGUCAGUGAUGGGGCUAGCAGUCUUGCCAAAACCAGUGGAAGUGCCAAGGUCAGUGAUCGGGGUGAUUUUGUUGAGAGUGGAAAGAGCAGUAUGUGUAGGGGAAGCACCAGCAGUGAUGUGAGCGACGAAAGCACUUGUAGCAGUUUUAGUAGCAGUAUCAAUAAGCCCCAUAAAGCAAAUGACUCUAGAUGGGAAGCCAUCCAAGCUGUCCGAGCAAGAGAUGGUGUCUUGGGUUUGAGCCAUUUCAGACUGCUGAAGAGAUUGGGUUGUGGGGAUAUUGGGAGUGUCUAUCUCUCUGAGUUGAGUGGAACAAAAUCUUAUUUUGCAAUGAAAGUUAUGGAUAAAGGGUCUUUAGCAAGUCGUAAGAAGCUGCUUCGAGCUCAGACAGAAAGAGAGAUAUUGCAGUCCCUGGACCACCCUUUCCUUCCAACACUCUACACCCACUUUGAGACCGAGAAGUUCUCAUGUUUGGUAAUGGAGUUCUGCCCGGGAGGAGACUUGCACACUCUUAGACAGAGGCAGCCAGGGAAACAUUUUACUGAGCAAGCAGUGAAAUUUUAUGUAGCAGAGGUCCUCUUAGCUCUAGAAUACCUCCACAUGCUUGGGAUUGUCUACCGAGAUCUUAAGCCGGAAAAUGUUCUGGUGAGGGAUGAUGGACACAUAAUGCUCUCUGACUUUGACCUUUCACUCCGUUGUGCUGUUAGCCCAACUCUGGUCAAGACGUGCUCCCUUGAGUCUGACCCCUUUAGGAAGAAUCCAGUUUAUUGCGUCCAGCCAGCCUGCAUUGAGCCUUCCUGCAUCCAACCAUCCUGCGUGGCUCCCACAACAUGCUUCACACCCCGACUCUUUUCGAGCAAAUCCAGAAAGGACCGCAAACCCAAAAACGAAGUUGGAAACCAAGUCAGCCCAUUACCUGAGCUCAUUGCUGAGCCAACUGGUGCCCGGUCCAUGUCAUUUGUUGGGACCCAUGAGUACCUGGCUCCUGAGAUCAUCAAAGGUGAAGGUCAUGGAAGUGCUGUAGACUGGUGGACAUUCGGGAUCUUUCUAUAUGAACUUUUGUUUGGUAAAACACCCUUCAAGGGAUCUGGAAACCGGGCUACAUUGUUUAAUGUUGUCGGCCAGCCUCUCCGGUUUCCUGAAUCACCAGUUGUCAGCUUCUCUGCGAGGGAUCUGAUAAGGGGACUGCUUGUAAAAGAACCACAGCAUAGAUUGGCGUUUAAAAGAGGAGCCACUGAGAUCAAGCAACACCCCUUCUUUGAAGGUGUGAAUUGGGCAUUGAUACGCUGCGCCACCCCACCUGAGAUCCCAAAGCCAGUAGAGAUCGAGCGAAUACCAGCCCCAACAGCCUCAACAAGUGAAAAGGUUCCUCCUGCUGCCAAUGCUACUGCCCCCAUUGCCGCCGCAGUCGUGCCCGAUCAAAAGAGCUCAGAUAACUAUCUGGAGUUUGAUUUCUUCUAGUUAUAAUCUCUAUUGAUUUGCAAUUUGUUCUAUGUGAAGGGGGAGAAUUGUUUUGAAUAUUUCGGGGAUUGGUACUGGGGAGGAUGGUGUAGUAGCUCUUUCAAUUGAUAGAUGGCAAUGAAUGGUAUGCUGCUUGUUGCUCUA